AUGUCCAAUUUUGCUGGUAAUAGGGAUGAUAUCCACUAUGAUGUAUUAAGUAAAGAUAUUGCUGACGUUUUUAUGGAAAGUCAGCGCGAACCUGAUGUAAACAGUUUUGUUAAAAGACUGUAUUAUGUGAUGAAAGAGCCCUCUUAUCUGGACUGGAAAUUAAAUGUAUCUGGUAAGAUUGAAGAUGAUACUGAGAAAAGUGUUGUAUUAAGGUCCAAAUUGGAAAGUAUUUUGCGAAGUGAGCGUAUGUCUCAGUUUUUGGAUGAAAACGGUGUUAAUUUGAACUCUUAUAAUGCAUGGGUAAAAAAGAAGUAUGGUAAAUGCGCCAAAAAGGACAUAAAAAUGAUAGACUUGCCUGAAUGGGUUAGACGAUAUUCCAAGAAGAAGAGAGAUGAUUUUGAUGAUGAUGAAAAGGAACGUGGUGCUUUGCUUGGUAAUGGUAAAAAUUCUGAUGAAGAAAAGAAGCCUAAAAAACCGGAAAGUGAAAAUUGA